GGGGUUAAGACGAGGAAGUCUCCACCUCUUCUGGCAGCUUGCAGCGGUAGCUGCCCAGCUCCGUCCGAGCUGUCAGCGGCGCGGGGGGCUCCGCCGCGCAGGCAUUCCGGCAAAGCGGGGGCCGAGCGGCGGCCGCUCGGAUCCGAGUCCUGCCGAGAGAGACACGGGGGUGGGGGUGUGGUUAAUGAGCCCCCUCGCCCCGCUGUCCCUCCUGGCGAGCGGCACGAAGGCAGAAUAACCGCGGAGCUCCGGGGCAGCCUGUGCUGGGUCCCCCACUCUCCCCCCCCCACACACACACCUGGGCAGAUGAACUUCUAAGGGCUCCUACUAGCCCCACAUGGCUCCGCGGCUUCCCCGCAGGGUCCCGCUCCACUGAGCAUCGGAGCCAGCGACCUGCCCCGGCCAGCCAGCGGGCUCCGUUCCUCCUCGGCGGGCAGGUGGGAAGGAAGCCGGCUGGAUACCACCAUGGGCCAGUCCUGGUGCUUCAUUGGGCUGCUGCUAGCCUAUGCAUCUGGAAAGAAGCUAUGGGACGUGCCUGCCUCUCAGGCUCAGCAGCACAGCACUGGAAAACUGCUCUGGGAGCCACAGUGCCAGUACCAACUGCGCCACCUACAGGACAGCGCUAGAAUUUCAGCUCUUCUGCCUCCCCGGCUGGAAGGUCAUUGGAUUUCUACAGGCUGUGAGGUACGUCCGGGACCGGAAUUCCUCACCAGAUCCUACCUGUUUUACUCCAACCGCUUGUUCAAGGCCUAUCAGUUCUACUACUGGGACCCCUCCUGCCACCAUCCAUCCCACUCCUUGGUCAUCAAAGGCAAGCUCAGGCUGCGCCAGGCCUCCUGGAUCACCCAAGGGGCAACUGAGGCAGACUACCACCUGCACAAAGUGGGUAUUGUUUUCCACAGCCAGAGGGCCAUGCAGGAGAUUUCUGCCCGGAUCAAUCAGACAUCAGGAGGGGGCUGCAGUGGAUUCUUUCCACCUGGACGGUCCUGGGCUCCUGGAGUCCUCUAUGAGGUGCUGAGUGCCAAGGAGGGGCGGGAUUGCACCACAGCCCUGGGCUUUGCCAUGCAUGAACUCAGUCUGGUGCGGGUGGAGAAGCAUUAUGAGCCCCUGCUGCAAACUCAGCCGAGUGGCAGCAGGACGGUGGAGGAGCUGUACCUAGGGGACAUUCACACCAAGUGGUCUGAGAGGCUCCAUUAUCGACCAACGGGGUAUCAACGCCCUUUGCAGAGUGCUGUGCAUCACGUGCAUCCUUGCCCUGCUUGUGGGAUUAUAUACAGAUCUGAUGAACACCAUCCACCUAUCUUACCAGCUAAAGCUGAGCUGCCGCUGCAGUUAAGUGGCAGGUGGGUGAGUGCUCAUUGUGAAGUCCGGCCAGCUGUGCUUUUUCUUACCAGGUACUUCAUAUUUCAUGGCACCAAUCGCACCUGGGAAGGGUACUAUUAUCACUACUCUGACCCACUCUGCAAGCAGCCUACUUUUACCAUCUAUGCAUCUGGGCACUACACCAAGGGCAUCCCAUCCUCCAUAGUGAGAGGAGGUACAGAGCUAGCAUUUAAAGUGACCUGUGCUCGGGUUACAGCAAUGGAUCAGGUAACAGUGACUAUGCUAAACUCCUCAGAGCCAGGGACCUGCGGGGAGACCGGCUCCUGGAGUGCCAGGAUUGAGCAGGAUAUAACACUGACAAAUGGGUGUCUGGCUUUGGGUAUCAAGCUGCCCCACACAGAAUAUGAACUCUUUAAAAUGGAGCAAGACAUGAAAGAUCGCAGCUUGCUGUUCAUCGGCGAAAGGCCCACAGACGGAUCCAGCCCUGACAGACCUGAGAAGCGGCCCACCUCAUAUCAAGCACCUCUUAUUCAGUGUGCUGGGGCUACUGGGGUGUUUUCUAAACACAUCAGUCCAAGCUACCUAGGAAAAGAGGAUAAUAACGGGAAUGAAGCACUAAAACCUUUGCCUGUGACCUUUUUAUUGUCACUUAUGGCAAUGCAGUUUUUAAGAUGGGACUAGAUGAGUCCAGCUGUUUGCUCAGGUGCAGCACAGAAUUCAGACACUGGUGCUAAGACAAUUUUAUAUCCUCUUUAGGUAAGCACAUCUGGAAUCAGUUUGCUUAGAUUCUGUACACAUUAAAAACAAAAUGGACAAAACAAGAGGGUUUCCCUGCAUAACAUGCCUGAUUAUAUACGAUGUGUACUGUGCGUAUAUUUCCUAAUUGACAUUCAUUGGGCAUAAAUCUAACGUAGUGCCAUGGACACGUUGCAAAUUGUCAAGUAAUUUAGCAAUACUAAAAAGACGUGUUAAAUUAGAACUGCUGAUUCUAGCCUGCAGCAUUGCUAGGAUAUAAUUGAGAGCUCCAGUCACACAAAAAUCCAGUUUCCAAAGCUUUGAGGGCUCAUUCUCUCAAACGGAUUCUCCCCCGCCCCUCACUUACUGCUCCUGUAAAUUCAUGUAGCUGGCUUUGGCAAGGGCUCUGGAUCAAUCACAGAAACUCAUAUCAUACAAAGAAAAGGAGUACUUGUGGCACCUUAGAGACUUAGAGUGGCACUGAAUGCAUCCGAUGAAGUGAGCUGUAGCUCACAAAAGCUUAUGCUCAAAUAAAUUUGUUAGUCUCUAAGGUGCCACAAGUACUCUUUUUCUUUUUGUGAACACAGACUAACAUGGCUGCUUCUCUGAAACCUGUCAUACCAUACACACUCUCUCUCUCUCUCAAUCGCUCUUCCUUGAGUUCAGGAAGGGCUCUCCGUGGCAGACUGAUGCCAUCCUUGCAACGUACAGUUUGCAAGCUCUGCUUUCUUGUUGUGUGCAUGUUAGCUUUCCCAGGUUCUGGGCUGUGAUGGCCCCAGUUCACAAGCAACAAUGCGUGAGACACAAGUGACCCUGCCAUCCCGCUUUUUCUGUUACGACCUUGCUUCUGUCAUAUUACACUGACUGCAUAAGGGUUGGGUUCACUCUGUUCCACCUCUCUGUGUUAUCACGUAGCCCAAAUGUUCUGAGACAUGACCAGCCGAUUUAUGACUGUACCACCAGGGAGACAUAAGCAUAGGUGCAAAAAGACACUAUACCGACCCUGUGUUACCUCUGCCCCCACUUUGGCACAAUCCGUUGUGCGUUUGCUGCUGCAUUCCCUUAACAAGAGUCAUCAAUCCAACUCUGGCUUAGAUCUCAAACAUAAAAAUGCCAAACAAGUGCUAGGAUAACGUCUGAUAAACUUGAGUCAAGUAAAUUAAUCUGAGGGGUGCAGAAGACAGACUAUAAUCAGACACCACAGUCAAAUCCUGGCUAAUUUCUGCCUACAAGGAGAGCAAGGUAUGGAAUUAUAUUCCCUAGCCUACUGUAGCUAAGAGGACACCUAACUCGAAGACACCUUGUGAUAGCUAAAUCCUCUUCACCUAACCCUAUGUAUCUUAUCUGAAAAGGAUUUUUUAAACCAACUAUGCAAUAGCUACAUUUUUAGUGCCGUAUGUACAAAACUGAAGCUGUACUUAGGCCUUGUUUACACAAGGCCAUCCAGGAAAAUUAAUCCAAGUUAACUAAUGGUGUAUUUGAAGUAGGUUAGUUGAACUCCACUGUGAACAUCUGCAUUCAGAAGUAAAUUGGCUUUAAUAUGUUUAGUUUAAUUCACUUCCAAAAUGAAUUAAGAUAAACCACAUUAAAGUCACUUUAAUUCUGAACAACAGCAUCCACACAAGGAUUUAAUACCACUGAACUAAUCCAUUUAAAAUUCACACCAUUAGGUAAUUUUUUCUGGCUGGCCUCUGGUAGACAACCCCUUAGACAAUUUAUGGGUUUUAUAAGUUUUGGGGACUGUGGACAUUAACAAUUGAUUCAUACACAUUUAACAAGCAUCUCUUCUAAUAGUGGUACAAAUGAUUUUCAGCAUGUUAUCACCAGCCUGCCACAGAAAGUAUCAUGUACAUAUCUUCCAAAGUGCUUUCUCUGUUUAAAGAUUACUGUGUUUUGAUACCUGCUAUGUACAAGUAUCCAAGGUCAAAUGCAUAUGUUUAAAAAGGAACCAUGUGAGUGCAAUGAUUGUAAAUCAAAUUUCCUAUACUUUUUUCUUGGGUGCAAUGGAAAGUUUGCAGUCUACUCAACCACUUCAGCAUAUCAAAAGAGAAAGUCAUUUUGAUAUCCCCAAAAUAAUGACAAUGCUCUUUUUCUUGUAGUUUAAAGGAUUAGACUUUUUAAGUUUGUCUCAGUACGUGAAACCUUUUUUUCAACAACACUUAAAUUUUGCAACUCAAGUAACUGAUCCAGGAGAGCCAGGAUGAUGUAGCUAACAAUUAGACACGACAAAUGUCCAAGUUUUUUAUUCCUUGGUACCUCGAACAGAACAGAAUCUGCUAGCACAAUGCUGAUGCACCGAUUCACUAAUGGCUUAGAGGAAAGAGGGCUGCUACUUUCAUCACAACUGCCACCUUCUGCAACAGCCAGGGAUUUCUUUGGUGGCCUCCCGCCCAAGCCUGAUACUGUUUUGCUGGUGAGCUUUGAUGAAGUCCUAGCCUGAGCUACACAGGGAAGUUCUAAAUUCAGGCCCAAAGUCAUCAGUGAGUUUUGUAUGCAAAUACCACCAGUUGCAGGCACAUAUUUACAUAUGCAAGUUGCAUAAUACUGUCGCCGUAUACACUUUUAAUCACACUUGACGAUGUGUUCAGAGACUAUAGCAAUGGGUGUAGUAUAAAAACCUGGACAGUCAGUCUCAGGCAUGGUGGCAAGGCUACAAUUACAUAACAAAGCUACGAGAGUAAACUUGGUACCAUCGCAUACAAAUGCACUAAAGGAAUCUGGUACAUAAACAAAUUAGUGAAAUGUUUAUACGAGGAGCACUUCCAACUCUAUUCCCAUAGGCUUAUCCACUUCACCCUUCAGGGAGUCAUUGCGAACAAAGCUCUACAGCAUUCCUGUGGAGAGAACAUCUGGAUCCAGUUACCAAUACCUGCAGCAGUGAUGAGGUUUAUUGGCUGUUUGGAGAGAGGCUUUACCCCUUUCCCUACCAAAACCCAGGCAGGAACCUUUUCACAACUGUUUUCCUUAAGACAUUUUUAAUGAAGGGGAGAGGAAUGGAGCCACAAAGAGAUUUCUGCAUAAAGGGAAAAAACUUGUGUUGUGUUGGAUCUAGUUUUGGAAAGCCAUUCCCAAACUAUUCUGUAGUUUGCUGCGAAUCAACAGUGAUUGUUUAGCAGACGCUUGCAGAAUCAGGCCUUGAAUUUGAAUGAAGUACGUACAUGAAUGUAUAUCUCAUGUGACUGCCUGUAUAUCACAGGCAACUAAAUUUCACCACUGUAUUGAGCCUAAUAACUUGUAUGUGGCUAGAGUAUAUCCUCCAGAAAGGAAUCCAGACUUGAUUUGAAGACAUGAAGAAUCCACUUUCCUUGGCAGUUUGUUCCAAUGGUUAAUCACCCUCACUUGUACAACUAGGUACUUACAUAGUUUGGAAUUUGUCUGGCUUCAGCUUUCAGCGAUCAUACAGAGUGUUCUAACACCCCAGUAUUUACACACUAUAUACUCUCUUCUUUCAGAUGAGCUAAACAGAUAGCGCUCUUUAAAUUGCUAACGCUAAGGCAUUUUCUCUCAUCCUCAGAUGUGGCUCUUCUGCACCCACUCCCAUUUUUCAAAGUCUAUUAAAAAAUAUGGACAGAACUGUGCAUGGUAAUUCAGCAUCCACCUCAUCAAUGCUAUAUACGGUGGUAAAUCACUUCCACACUCCUACUCACUCUUUCCUUGUUUCUUCAUCCAAAGAUUGCAUUAGACCAUUGUGCUACAACAUUACACUGGAGGCUUAUGUUCAGUUGCUUGAUCACUACCAACCCCUACAUCUUUUUCAGAGUUUCUUCCUUCCAGGGUACAGUUGCCCAUGUGGUAGGUACGGCUGUAUAAAAACAUUUUAUCUGAAUAGCCCAGACUACCAAGCAAUCCAGAGGGCUCUGUAUGUCUGCCCUGUCCUCAUCCUCAUUUACCAGUCUGCCAAACUUUGUGUCACUUAUCUGUGAGCAGCAGCAAUUUUGUAUUUACUUCCAGCUGACAGAUAAAAAUGUUAACUAGCUUUGGGUCUAGUAUUUGUCCCUGUUGAACACCACUAGAAAUUUCGCCCAUCUGAUAAUUCUCCAUUGCCAACUACUGGGAGCUCUUUCAAUUAGCCAGUUAUCCAUUUAACAUAUGCUUCAUUGAUAUUGUAGAGUGCUUAUUUUUUAAAUCAGAAUGUCAUGCAGUAUUAACAUGUUACAAGUGUCUAAUUGUAUUACAGCUACAGAGUUUUUAUCUACCAAGUUUGUAAUCUCAGAGUUAAAUCUAUUUUGUUUGACAAAAUCUAUUUUCCGUAAAACUUCGUUGACCGGCAUUAAUUUAUAUUCCUAUCAUUUAAUUCUUUAACUGACUCCUGUAGCAGCUUUUCCAUUAUUUUGCCCAGGACAGAGGUCAGGCUAAUUAAUCAAGAGUUACUCAUGUCAUCUUGCCUGCCUUUUUUGAAUACUGGCACAACUGUAUCCCUCUUCCAGGCUUCUGGAAUAUCCCUUGUAUUUCAAAAUUUAUUAAAAGUGAUCAACAAACCAGAUCUCUUUAGCCAACAUUUAGGACUCUUGAAUGCAAUUUAUUCAGCACUUGCUAAUCAAUAUCUCUAGCUGUCAUAAUGAAAUCCAAAAUAGAACCCCCACACAUUGGGUACAAUAAAGACUGCGAGUGUUAGAAAAAGCAGUCUCACAUGGAAAAGAACAAUGGCAACUAACUACUGGAUUCCUUUCUUCUUUAACAGCUGCUUUCAAUUGUUUAAAAAAAAUCAAGCAUUUGGGAGAGUCAGGACAUUUCAAAGGGCAUUUAGGCACAGAAAGAAAGUCCAUAAGAGUGGACUUUUGUGUUUUUGAAAAAAAUCAACCCCUUUUAAAAACUUUUUGUAUGUUAAAACUUUGUACAUCUCAGCUUUUUUUUUUUU